GGGUGGUGGGAAUGGGGCGGGUUCUUCCAUCCAGGAGUCGGCGGCGAUGGCGACGGGAAGACGCUCCCGGCAGCGGGAAGGCCGCAAGAGAGGGAUGGCGGACGAUGAGGAAGAGGAGGGGGGCCUUGACGAGUUGGCCUGUCGCUGGGAAUGGGAAGGGGAUGACGGAUCCUGGAACGUUUACUCGACGGAACAUGAGCAGGAUCUCUCGGCGGCUUUGCGGUCAGGGAGUACCUCUGUUCAGCUGUCUCUUCCCGGGAAUGUCACCCUGCAAGUGGAUUUGAAGAAAAUGGUGCAGAGGAACAGCCAGACGGGCUUUGAGAGGAAUGUGCGCUACGCCGUGGAAGAAAAGGAGGACUAUUUCGUGUGGCAGUGGCAGGGUGACGACGCCGUCUGGCGCCCCUACGGCGCCGCGGUGUGCGCAGAACUGGAGCGGGCCAGGCGGCGGGGAGCGGCGACGGUGCUCCACUCCAUUGGGCGGGUCCGCUACCUCCUGGAGGUCGGGCGGAUGAGGCAGGUGAACAGCAAGACCAAGUACGAGCGCAAGAUGAGCCGCCUGCGUUCAGAUGCCGCGGCGACGCCCAGCGACGGUGACGACUCCCGGCCCUCCGACGGUGCGUCCACGUCCUCCUCCCCCUCGCCCGCGGGUUCCGCACCCGCCAAGAGGGCGCGCCGGGCGCGUCCAGAGGAGGGAGACGCCGGCGGUCAGCAGGCAGCCGGCGGUCAGCAGGCAGCCGGCGACAGCCAAGAAACAGUGAAGACGAUGAUCGUCAAGGGGAAAGCGGCCGUGGACACGGAGUGCCAACAGAAGCUGGGCAAGGCCCAUGUGUACGGAGAAGGGGAUGAUGUGUACGACGCACUGUUAAACCAGACCAACGUCCAGUUCAACAACAACAAGUACUACAUCAUUCAGCUCCUGGAGGAUGACGCAAGGAGGCAUUUCAGCGUCUGGAUGCGUUGGGGAAGAGUUGGGAAGGUCGGCCAACACAACCUGGUCUCGUGUGGUAGUGAUCUGAAUAAAGCCAAGGAAAUCUUUGAAAAGAAGUUCCUGGACAAGACCAAGAACUCCUGGUCGGAUAGAAUGUCCUUCGAGAAGUUGGCCGGAAAGUACGACCUGUUGAGUCGGGAUUACAGUGGCGAUGCCCCAGCGGAGGAGCAGAGCACCAAGGUCGGACAGACGGAGAAGGUCCCCAAGUUGGAGUCAAAGCUGGACCAUCGUGUGCAGGAACUGAUUGAGCUGAUUUGCAACAUAAAGGCCAUGGAGGAGAUGGUGGUCCAGAUGAAAUAUGAUACCAAGAAGGCUCCACUGGGUAAACUGACCACGGCCCAGAUUAAAGCUGGCUACCUCUCCCUGCAGAAGAUUGAGGACUGUAUUAACCGGAAGGUGAGCGGGAAGGCCCUGGUGGAGGCCUGCAACGAGUUCUACACCAGGAUACCGCACGACUUCGGGCUGAAGACACCUCCUUUGAUCAGAACCAAGAAGGAACUGCAGGAGAAAGUGGGACUGCUUGAGGCACUGGGUGACAUUGAGAUUGCCAUCAAGUUGGUGAGCUCUGAGAUGGAGAGUACAGAGAACCCACUGGACCAACACUACCGCUCACUGCAAUGCAGCCUACAGCCCGUGGAUCACACAACAACGGAAUUCAAGGUGAUCGAGCAGAGCCUGCAGUCCACACACGCGGCCACCCACAACGACUACACCAUGAAGCUUCUGGAGGUCUUCGAGGUGGACAAGGCUGGGGAGGCGGAAGUUUUCCGCACGGACCUGGGAAACAGGCAACUCCUGUGGCACGGAUCCCGCCUUUCCAACUGGGUCAGCAUCCUGCAGCAGGGGCUGCGAGUGGCCCCCCCUGAAGCUCCCGUCACCGGCUACAUGGUCUUGCUGUGUUUAGACGUGGAUCGCUUCAGUAUCCGCGGAGUGGCGAGUGGUGCUGAACACACUGUAAGACCGUUGGUGGACAUCCCCCUCACUCCUGACCUUCUGAGGGAGGGGAGGUCAUCGAUGGAGCAGCGGAAGGUGGUUGGGGGGCCCCGGGACACUAUCCUGAGGGCGCGCCUGCAGAGCUGGUCCUGGGGUUGGGCUGACUGA